AUGGCCCAUAAGCCCGCCCCUGCGAACGCGAUGGCAGGCCAUGCCAGACAGCGCUUCCAGGAAACAGAAGGAGACCGACGAGUACGAGCCGCUGGCAAGUUUGCAGAAUUCGAACACGACAUGCCUGCCCUUAAGAACCGCUUCCAGUUCUCCCUCAAGGACAACUUGACCUCCUACCUAGGCACCCGCAACCCAUUCUACACCGACGUCAACCCGGAGACCGAUUUUGUAUGGCUCUUCGACAACACCGCCUACCAGAAUCGCAUCGGGCGAUGGAAGGCGGAUUUCACUGCCGCCUAUUUCGUCAAGAAUAGCGGAAAGGAUCUGGGAGAAGUUGUGGCCUGGAUCAGCGACAAGAUAGGACUUGCAAAGGACGACGCGGCCGAGGCCACCAUCGCUAAGAGAGUUCAACCCUUCGUCGACUCGAUCCUCCCAGCCCAUGCCGUGACCAUCGACCUCCAGGGCGUCAACGUCCGCCUGGGACCCAGCGGACGUGACGGCAUCAGCUCUGACGAGAUCGCGAUCCCAGGCCACGGCUACAAGGAUAACGAGAUCAUCGUCAAUAAGGCCAUCAACGCCGACGCCACGAACCUCAACACAACCUUCGCCGUGCCCAAGGGAUGGGCCGUUCUCUCUGAUGUAGACGACACCAUCAAGAAAACCUUGACCUCCGACCCCAUCGGGAUCCUGAAGACCACAUUCGUGGAGGAGCCCGAACCCAUCAAGGGAAUGCCCGAGUUCUACAAGCACCUCGUCCAGAAACUCGACAACCCACCCUUCUGGUACCUCUCCGCCUCCCCCUACAACCUCUACCCCUUCCUCCGCAACUUCCGCGACACCUACUACCCGCGCGGCACCAUGAUCCUCCGCGAAGCCUCGUGGAUGAACCUCGCCGGCUUCCUCGCCAAUCUAACCCAAGGCACGGAAGCCUACAAAGUCGACCGCAUAGAGAAAGUGCAUGAGGAGUUCCCUAAGCGCAAGUUCAUCCUCAUCGGCGACAGCACGCAGUCCGACCCAGAGGCCUACGCCACCAUGUACCGCAAGUACCCUAAGUGGAUCGCGGCCAUCUACAUCCGCAAGGUCGAGGGCGUGGCUGAGAUGGACGAGAACAAGAAGAACGAGCCGGAUAGGUUCAAAGAGGCGUUUAAGGAUGUUCCCGAGAGUGUGUGGUAUGUGUUUACGGAUCCGGGAGAGCUGUAUGCGAAGGUCGAUGCGCUGGUCGCGAAGUCAGAGUCUAAGUCGUAA